CAGAACUGGGAGAAGGCAGAGGGCUGUGGGUGCAGGAAGAGGAAUUGGGAACAGAACCAACUCCCACCCACUGUCUCCAUCACAGGGAUAACUGGGGACUGACAGUAGGAGCUGGGUGGCACCCACACUGGCACUGCCCGGAGCCCAAGGCCUCUCCUCACAGUAAGCGCUAGAGCUUUGUACCUCCCCACACUGACUCACACACCGGCACUGGCAAGGAGGCAGGGGAACGGUACCAGGGUCCAUUGGGCUGGCACAGAGCCGGGGAGAGGGCACCAAGAAGCAAGAAGCCCUUGUCAUGGGGGAGAUGCGGGAAUCUGUGGAGCUGAACGGCCUGGGGCCGGGGGAGAACUCAGCCCUGAAUCCUGAGGUAACAGCCAGGAGGCCGCUGAAUAUCAAUCACUAUGCCAAUAAGAAGAGCGUAGCAGAGAGCAUGCUGGAUGUUGCUUUGCUUAUGGCCAACGCCUCACAGAUGAAAGCAGUCAUUGACCAGGGGCCCAGCUUCUCAUACUAUGUACCGCUCCUCGUCCUGAUCUCCAUUUCCUUCGUGUUGCAGGUCAUUGUUGGAGUUCUGCUCAUCUUUAUUGUGAAGUAUGAUCUGAACAAUCCGGCCAAACAUUACAUACUGGACAUUCUGGAGAAUACAGCCACGGGCCUGGUGUUUAUUAUAGUGGUCGUCAAUGUUCUGGUCACGGCGUUUGGAGUUCAGAAACCCUUGGGGGGUUCACCCAGUGUCUGAGUUCCCCCUGCACCAGGGGGCGCCCCAGCAAUGAAGUCUCCCCGUCGGACACAUGAAGGAAUGGAGUAUAUUACACCCCAGAGCCAGUUGCCUGAGGAUCAAACCCCAAGUGCUUCCAAUCACUGCCCCGGGGGCCCCCCAUUGUGCGGCAUUACUAUGUUCUGUGUUUCUCCCAGUUUGGGGGGUGCUGCCUGGAACCGAUCGACUGUGUCUCCCUGGGAAGGAUUCACCCCACCCCCCCCCCGACUCAGGAAGAGAGAGAAUUUCCAAAUUCCUGGAUUUUGCAACAUGAAGCUGCUACUAAGUAGCUCUGUGUGUCUUCACGCAUAGGGACUGAUAUAAGGAAUAAUAACUGGUCAGUUGCAUACAGACUGUUUAACCCCUUCCCUACUGCUAGCCUGCUCUCACUAUUGGUUUUCCUGUUGCACUUUGUAUGUAUGAUUACUAUGUAUAUGAGCCCCACCGGUCACUUACCUACUGAUCUCUGCAUGAUGGAACAAGGGGCAACCAUUGGCCGCCUUUGGCUAUUCAUGAAACCCCCAGAUCCCCCAGAAGCAAAUUAAAACAGAAGGACCUAUGUUGCCAGAAA